UACUAAAGAAGGAAACAAACAGUGAAAGAAGAGAGAGCUCAGGAGAGGACGAGAGAGGAAUUUACUUAUUUACAUCACCGACAAAGCCUCGGGAGGAAGACAAACUCCUUUUCGAAGAGUUCCUGUUCAUUAACCGACCGAUUAGGUUUUAAAAGCAUUCAAGCAAUGGCCCAAGAGACAAACCAGAGUCCUGUGCCUAUACUGUGUACCACAGGCUGUGGUUUCUAUGGCAACCCCAGGACCAAUGGCAUGUGCUCGGUGUGCUAUAAGGAGCACCUGAACAGACAGCAAAGCAGUGAUCGUAGUCCCAUGAGCCCCCUGGCUGGCAGCCCCUCAGCAGAGGCCUCCGCCAUACAGAGACUAGAAGCCAGCAUAAACAAAGCAGAGCUUUCACCUGCACCCAGCACAGAUACCAUGAGAGAAAGUUUUCCUUCCACCUCCUUACCAGUCACACAACAGAUGACAGAAAUGAGCAUUUCUAGAGAGGAAAAGGCCCUGUCUCCUAAAGCGGAGUCUGCCGAACCAGUCAUAACACAGCCCACCUCCUCCUACUCCCCCAUCCCUGUGGCUCAGGGCAGCGAUGAGGGCAAGAGCCCAGAUUCCUCCAAACCUAAGAAAAAUAGAUGUUUUACCUGCCGUAAAAGGGUUGGCCUAACAGGUUUUGACUGUCGAUGUGGUAAUCUGUUCUGUGGAAUUCACCGGUACUCAGACAAGCACAACUGCACGUACGACUACAAGGCGGAAGCUGCUGCUAAGAUCCGUAAGGAGAAUCCCGUAGUGGUGGCCGAUAAGAUCCAGAGAAUAUAAGCUUUACCCUCUUUCUCCGAGAACACUGGUGGAUAAAAUGGAUGACUUGAAAAACGGACUUGUGUUUUUCUAUCACCUUAAGAAGAAAACGAGAGAACUGUACCGUCUGAGGCUCAUGCAUGAACGAUCUUGACCGAUUUUGGUUUUCUAAUAGGUAUUAAUUUCUUUCCGUUUUGUUUCCUCUCCUCUCUGUGGUGUUUUAUGCUAGGUAUUCUUGCAUAUUCUUUCGUUUCCUAAAGCAUAGGACACCUUUCAGGAAAUUUGAGCUUUUUAUUAUUGUUUCUUGAUUUGCCUGUUCCCGCCCUCAAGCAAUGGGAGUGGCAGAUACUCUGUGCCAAAACGUGGCCGUGUAGUUUCUGAGUAAGUAGUGUUCAGCCUUUGACUUAUGACUCUGGAUAUUUAAGAGGUGUGUCAAAGCUCUACCUGAUGAUGUGUGCAGCAUGUAUUGAUCUGUUAAACUGCAGUUUGUCAUUACAGUCUGUUCUAGCAAAUCAGUUGGAAUGUGAGACCGCCCAGUCGUUAAUACCAUUUAUUUAGCAUUAUUUUAGAAUGUGAACUUGCUACUGUGACAUCAUGUUUUUGAAUGAAAGGUUGAGAUUCUUCAGAAGUCUUUAUUUUUAAUUUUAAUUUUAUAUAUUUUUUUUCCCCUUUCGUCUGCUCUAGACAACUCUUUUCCCACAUUCUAGAACCAAUAACCUUCAUUCUGCAUUUUAGAGUGUCAGACGUCUGGGAGUUUUAUUUUUGUUAAUUACGUGUGACUUUUUGAUUAGACUGUAAGGUGGUACAGUCCGUUUCCGUGUGAGCGUAUUUGUGCGCACGGGGGAAAUUUGCGCACAAGACCUUCUUCCUGUUGUCGAAGCGAGAUGAGCUAACUAUUUAGACGGCGCGUUCAUAACACCGCAAUAGUAUACGCAUAAAGUCAGACCUGAGUCUGUGAAACAUUGUUGUUCUUGUUUGUUUUAAAAUGUCAAUGUCCUAAAAUGCACCUACAAUGCACCUGUCAUUUUUGUGUGUAUGCAUAUGUUAAUGUAAGCGAGUCCGAGUGCAUGUAUUGUGUAUAUAAACGUCUUUUCUUCUGUAGGGAGAGAGGUUUCCUUAAAAAAAGAUGUAUCUGUUGAGAGUAUGUUUCUGUUUUAAAUUUCAGCCUUUAGUUAUAUGCAAAUUUGUAUGGAAAAAACACCUUACUGUUCAUAUUUAUGUAUUGCAUUUAAUCCUUUUACCUGGCAUUAAAGAAAAAAAGUAUUGUAAAUAAAAAUAUACAGAGAGAAAAUAUA